AUGUUGAGCAGAGUCAACAAAUCUCGCAUUUGCAAACCCUUCUCUGUUCCAAAAAGUACCUACAACCGAAAUCUCCUGGUUUCUCGCCUUCUGGAGAAUUUUGUUGAGAUGCUCAUCUGUUCUUACUGCAAAGAGCGCGGUUUUGAGUUCUGCAAGGUAUUUUCCGGAGACUCUUCUCGUUGCAUCAAAUAUAUUCGCCUAGAUUGCUCCAAGUACGAUGUUAUAGAUUCCUCUUCCGAGAAGCUUUGCAAUAUUGCUAUCCAACAUUGA